AUGGCUGACGACAGUGAUAGCGAAGAGAUACUUACAAUUGAAAACUCGGAUGUGGUUACAAAAUAUAAGAUAGCUGCGGACAUAUCUAACCGCACUAUGAAGAAAGUGAUUACUUCGUGCGUAAAUGGUACAAGAAUCCUCGAUCUUUGUGUACUUGGCGACAAGGAGAUAGAAGAUGGUGUAAAACCAUUUUACAUUAAAAAUAAAGUACCCAAGGGGGUUGCCUUCCCAACAUGCAUAUCAGUAAACAAUGUAAUAUGUCAUUUUUCCCCAUUGUCGUCUGAUCCCGAAGCGUCGAAUACGUUGAAACUUGGUGAUCUUGUUAAAAUUCAACUUGGUGCUCAUAUUGAUGGAUAUGCUUCUAUUACUGCUGCGACAAUUGUUGUUGGAGCAUCAAGCGAAAACCCCGUCAAGGGCGUGCAAGCUGAUGUUAUUACCGCAGCGCAUUAUGCAAGUGAGGCUGCCUUAAGGUUAAUUAAGCCGGGUUUGAAUAAUAUGGCGGUCACUCAGACUAUACAAAAGAUUUCACAGAUUUAUGGGACUAAUUCGGUUGAAGGCAUGCUUUCGCAUCAGCAAGAAAAAAAUGAAAUCGAGGGUAAGAAACAGAUAAUUCUCAACCCCAGUGAUGCACAAAAACACAAUUUCGAAAGCGCAGACUUUCUCGAAAAUGAAGUCUGGGGUGUGGAUAUAUUAAUCUCUUCUGGUGAUGGGAAGCCAAAACCUUCCAGUGUUCGGACGACAGUUUACAGGAAAACGGGCGAGACAUAUUUACUCAAAUUGAAAACUGCUCGAGAAGUUUUGAGUGAGAUAACGAGUAAGUUUGGAACGUUUCCGUUCCCACUCCGAGCACUUUCGGAUGAAAGAAAGGCAAGGAUGGGAAUAGGGGAUUGUUCGAAACAUGGAUUAGUAGUGCCAUAUAAUGUAUUUCAAGAGAAAGAAGAGGAAUGCGUCGCACAAGUAUUCUUUACGGUGUUGCUAACCAAGAACGGCCCGCUAAAAAUCACGAAUUCUUACUUCGAUCCUUCUGUUAUUCAAUCCGAUAAGAAGAUCGAGGAUGAAGAGAUCUUGAAGCUACUUUCGUCACCCUUAAGAAAGAAUAAAAAGAAGAAGAAAAGUGGAAAGGGUGGAGCAGAAAAAGCGGAAAAGGAAAAAGUGGAAAAAACUGUAGAAUAA